AGAGUCGGUGAAAGAGACAUAAUGAUGUUUCUCCACUUCUUACCUGCACAUUUCUCCAUCUAUUAUCCACUCAUUCUCUCUCCGUAUUUUUCUCACCACUUUCCUCUUUAUUUCUAUACAACUUCCUCUUCGCUGCAUCAUACAACUACCAUUAGAUCAGCCUUCUGUUUUUCAAGCACUCGUGCAUUAGGCAACGUAGAUUUACCUAUUUAUUGUUUUCCUGUUCUGUUCGCCUCAAUUUAUAGCAAAACCUCAGCUUACCUUGUCAAGCAUUUCAAAUUAUCAAGAAAUCGCUUUUAUCAGCAUUCUUCUUUGCAUCUAAUCAUAAUGGCAGCCCCUUCUAACGCCGCUGGACAACCCAAAUGUGACCUGAGAAAUGCUUCUGAUGGCCUGAGAAAUGUCCUGCCUGCCCAUUUGGCAUCCGGCCAACAAGUGUAUCCCAGAUUAAGUGCUUCCGAUGCCCUUAGAUUUGCAUCUGGACAACAAGUGUAUCCCAAAAUAAGUGCCUCUGAUGGCCUCGAAAGUGUCCUACCUGCCCCUGCCGCUUCUGGACAACAAGUGUAUACCAGAAGAAGUGCUUUUGAUGGCCUAAUAAUCGCCCCACCAGCUCCUGCUGAAUCCUCCUCUGGAAUGAAACACCUGCCCUAUGAUGUCUUUAUAAAUCAUCAUGGACAAGAUACUAAAAAAACGGUUGCCAAGAGUAUCUACGAGAAGGUAAAUGCUACUGGGCUGAGAGUGUUUUUGGACAAAGAUGAGCUUCAACUUGGAGAUUUUUUCCCUGAUACUUUACAAGAAGCAAUGGCUAGUGCUUCACUUCACAUAGCAAUUUUUUCUCAGAAUUAUGUACAAUCCCCUUGGUGUUUGGCUGAGCUAGCAUUUAUACUGGAACUACGCAAUAUAAAAUUUAUCCCCAUUUUCUAUCAUCUUGAGCCCUUUGCUCUGAGAUGGGCGAUUAAAGGAAAAGGAAUUUAUGGAGAGGCCUUGAACGAGCCUGAAAUGAAGAUCAGAUACGGCUCAGAAAUGGUUGAAAGCUGGAAGUUGGCACUCCAUAAAGCUUCCUUGUACACCGGCGAGAUAAUUAAUCACCAAAGUGACGAGGAGGAGGCGGUGAUGAAUGUAGUGAUUCGUGUAUUGAAAGAACUGAAGAAGGAUCUGUUAGAUGUUGCCAAGCAUGCCGUGGGCUUGGAUGAAUUGGAACAACACUUUCAUGACAACAUUUCAGUUCAAUCUUCUUCUGCUGAGCCAGUGCAAAUUGUGGGCAUCUGGGGAAUGGGUGGUGCGGGCAAAACCACCCUUGCAAAGCAACUCUAUAACAAGAAAAGCUUGACCAUUAAGAAGUCAAGUUUUCUUUUCGAUGUUCGUGAAGCUGCAAGGAAAAAGCGACUGCAUGAGACGCAAAAAUUGCUUUUGAAGGACCUUGACCUUAAAGGCACAGAUUUUGAUUUUGACAAUGUAGACAAAGGCAAGGGGACUCUGAAAAGCCGUUUGAGAUCUGCUUCUGUGCUUAUCGUUCUAGAUGAUGUUGAUCAUAUAGACCAACUGGAUGCUCUAGUGCCAGCAAAAGGGAGCCUUGGCAAGGGAAGUCUGAUUAUUGUUACCACACGAGAGUUGAGUGUUCUUGAACAGUGGGACAUCUCCGCUAUAUAUAAAAUCAGAACACUCAAUCCUGCUCAUGCCCAGCAGCUUUUUUGCUGGCAUGCAUUCGGACAACCCUCUCCAUUAUCGGGAUUGAAGGAAUUUGCUGAAAAGUUCAUAGAUGCUUGCCGUGGUCUGCCUUUAUCACUCGUGGUCUUAGGGAGUCAGCUCCAUGGGAAGUCUAGCAAGAAUUAUUGGCAGUCUCAAUUAAACAAAUUGUCGAGACUAGUGCCAGACGACAUCAAAUCGAGACUCAAAAUAAGCUACGAUGCUCUAGAUAAAGAAGAGAAAGAAAUGUUUUUGGAUGUAGCGUGUUUCUUCAUUGGAUGGAGAAGCAGUACGGCCAUUGUAGUGUGGGACGGAUCACACUGGGAUGGUCUGCACGGUUUGCAAAGGCUUGUGAACAAGUGUCUUGUUGAACUAGAUGACAAAGAGCCUUAUUUUUUCAUUAGAAUGCAUGAACAUUUGAGAGAUUUGGGGAGGGAGAUUGCCAAUCAACAGUCACCCUAUCGUCUUUGGUCUGGACAGCAGAUUAUCGAGAUUCAGCCUCAACAGGAAGCAAUACGAAUCCGAGGAAUGGCAGACGCAUUUGGUGACAAUUGCUACCCCCGGCAAGGAAGUAUCAUAAUACACACAAGCCAAGGAGAGCGUAUCCUCGCGCCCGGCUCGCUUGGGUUGAAGAUUUUUGCUGGCAGUGGAGAUUUCAUUAAUGAGCAAUGUAGCGAAAUAUCAAGAGAACUGGUCUACCUUAGCUAUGAUAGAUUUGGGCGCAAAAAUCUUCCGUCGUGGCUUUUAUUAAAAGAAUUAAGAGUUUUAGAACUUAAUGAAGCUCCAAUAUUAGAAGAUCUAUGGGAACGUGAUGUUGAUCAGGCUCCUUUGCAAUUAAGAGAGUUGGUUAUUUAUGAAGGCCACGGAUUGAAAAAGAUAGAAGGUUUAGGAAGCAUGAGAUCAUUGGAGACACUCUUAAUACAGGACUGUACAGAAUUGGACACCCUUCCAAGUCUUGCAGAGGCAACUUCUCUAAAGAUUUUUGAAGUGGUACGCUGCAACAAAUUGGAGAAGAUAGAAAGUUUAGAAAGACUGACAUCAUUGGAGACACUCAGUAUAUAUGACUGUACAGAAUUGAACACCCUUCCAAGUCUUGCAGAGGCAACUUCUCUAAAGAUGUUUGAUUUGAGACGCUGCAACAAAUUGGAGAAGAUAGAAAGUUUAGAAAGCUUGACAUCAUUGGAGACACUCUGUAUAUAUGACUGUACAGAAUUGAACACCCUUCCAAGUCUUGCAGAGGCAACUUCUCUAAAGAAGUUUGAUUUGAGACGCUGCAACAAAUUGGAGAAGAUAGAAAGUUUAGAAAGCCUGACAUCAUUGGAGACACUCUGUAUAUGUGACUGUACAGAAUUGAACAGCCUUCCAAGUCUUGCAGAGGCAACUUCUUUAAAGUGGAUUGAAGUGAUAGGCUGCAACAAAUUGGAGAAGAUAGAAGGUUUAGAAAGCCUGACAUCAUUGGAGACCCUCCUAAUAUAUGACUGUACAGAAUUGAACACCCUUCCAAGUCUUGCAGAGGCAACUUCUCUAAAGAAGUUUGAUUUGAGACGCUGCAACAAAUUGGAGAAGAUAGAAAGUUUAGAAAGCCUGACAUCAUUGGAGACACUCCUAAUAUUGGACUGUACAGAAUUGAACACCCUUCCAAGUCUUGCAGAGGCAACUUCUCUAAAGAUGUUUGAUUUGAGACGCUGCAACAAAUUGGAGAAGAUAGAAAGUUUAGAAAGCUUGACAUGAUU